AUGCCGCCAGCGACCGAGCCAGUGAAGCGGCUAGGUGAUAUCGUGAAGGUGGAGGAAAUCCCCAGGCCGGAGUCCGCGGCCUCAACGGCCUUCGACUCCCGACCGGGCUCCGCAGUGAGGCCCGGUUCUGCGAUGUCAUGGGAGAACGGCCGGCCCCAAUCUGCGAGGCGACCGUACCCACCACUGUCCAGGCCCACCUCAGCUGUGGUUCGACCCUCGAGGCCAUCCUCGGCCAGGCCGCAAUCGACUUUGCCGGCUGUCUCGCCGAGCGUUACCAGUGAGGAUACUGGCACCAGAAGCUCACAAGAUCCAAGGCCCCACCAACGUGAGGAGCCGACAGGUGAUACGCUGAAUGAUCUGGAGCAGGAGGUCGCCAAAAUCAAUUCUGCGCAGCCUCGCUCGUCGCCAUCUCAUCCCAGAGAUGGAAGGCCACGGCGAACCAGCAGGACAUCCGUCAACUCCACUGUGUCGGACCAUUAUGAGUAUGAAGGUCGUGACAUUGCUGCCGGAAGCCCCAACCUGAGCGAGGCAGGGAACGAGCCUGACUCGAGGCCGGUGGGCCCUCUUGCUCGAGUUCUUUCUGAUAUGGAGGAGGAUGGGGAGGGGGAAGCGGUGGAAGAGCCCCCCGCUCAGCAGCAAGGGUCCAAGCUCGGGGAGUUCAGCGUCAUCACCAUCCGGAGGCUGUUUGAUGAGCUGGACACCGAGAGGAAAGGCUUCGUCACACGUAGGGAGCUGCUCUUUGCGCUGAACUCGAGGGAGGAUCUCUACCAGCAAUUUUGCUACUUCUACCUCCAGUCCGCGGAGCAGGACGGUCCUGAAGAUCUGGAUCGCUUGCAGGCGGCCGACCUGCCAGUGGUGGACGACUGGUUAAGUGCUCACAGAGCAGCGAACAUCCAGCGAACUGAAUGGGAGACGCAAGCCCACAGCUAUGUGUUUGAGGAGACCCCUACAAAACAAGUUCGCGGCAGGAAGAGCUUGAUUUUCCGCCGAAGCCUAGAAUUCCUGGACGAGGCAUACAAACAGGUGUGCCUGCUUCGUGCACCGACACAGGUUGGGUCGAGCCAAAGGCUCUACCAGAAGUGCUACAACAUCACCCUGGAGAUUCUGAUUCACUACUUCAGGAUGCAAGGCUUGCUCCUGGAGUACCAGACCGCACCGAUUCUGAAUCUUCUGCCCGAAGACCGAACGGUCUGGGUGGAUCAAGUCCCGCCGGUGUUCCAAGCUCUUCAAGCUAGCCGAGGUGGUGCAACCACGGCUGAGGUUCUCGGCGAGUUCAGCUCAGAGGAUUGCUACGGUCAUGAGUGCCCGUUCUUUGGUGGCAUGAGCGGCCAGCGAUGUGCAAAUGAAGCCGACUUUGCCGAUGAAUCCUGGCAGGACAAGGAGCUGCUUCUUGAUGACUGUCCUGCGAUGCCGAACCCGAACCCCCUCCAUGGGGCAGUGAGUGCACUCCAGGCACGCCGCUGCAAUUUCAGAAGCGAUGUAGAGCCUUUGCAGAUUUGGGGUCUGACCUUUGUGCAUAAGACGUCCAUAAUCGCAUUCUGCCACCUUGUCGGUAUCACGGGCGAGGUGCUGCUGAACCAGGCGUCGAAGCACGAGGCUGCGGCAGACAGCUCAAAGAGGUGCCGGCUUUCCAUCCUGCUGUGCAGGAUCGAUCCUUUUGUCGAUGCUCGGGAUGCCACGGAGGUCUGCGGACUGGCCUCUGCAGAAGACCUGUGGGACUCCCUGGCCUCUGGGAAGGCUGCCAAGGGGCCUUGGGUUCUCUUCAUAUGCAUAGCUCUGAAGCUCAGUACCCAUCGCAAGACCUGGAUUCCUGGACCCUGUCAUGCAGAGGGCGAGGCGAAGAAGCCAAGCUGCCGGCGGGCGCAGGCUCCGAAGCUUGAGCUUCUCAGUGCUUUCCGGCUCGCGAUGGAGGUAUCCGCGACCGUGGCAAAUCUGAUGCAACAGAUCAACCAGUUGGAAGAUGCAGACUUUCAAAACAUCUGUGGGCUGAUCGACAAGGCCCGGGAGGAACGGCUGACCCCUACGGUUUUGGUCACAGUCCGCCAGCUGGGAGGAGAGCAUCUCCUUGGACCACAGCUGAUGCCACUGUCGACUACGACGCUGAAGCUGAAGGGGCUGCUGUCUACCUCGAUUGGGGCACGGGUUGAGGAGAUGGACCUCCUUUGUGGCACGGCAGUCCUAGAGCCGACAGACACGCUGGCAUCGUUGGGCGAUCAUUUUCAGGGAAAUUUGGACCUCAUCCGGCGUGCCGAGCGGAUGAGGAUUGCGAAGCACAGGAUUCCUGGCGUCUUCAUUGCGACGAGCUGUGAGAACAACCGGGUUCUGGUUGUUCCAGGUGCAAAGGCCUGGGACCAAGAGCAUCUCCAUCAGCCAGACGUUGCAAGCCAGGACACGCUGAAGCAACUGCAAAUCUCGGACGCAACCUUCCGUACCUGGAGCCCGUUUCGAUCCCACAUCGCGGCAGCUAUCGUUUGUGGAAUUAGUAAGACUCCGAAAUGGAAAGGCGAGCGACUGUUUGCUGUUAACAUGUCCGCUGCCGAGCUGUCCUUUCUGGCAGACUUGGUUGGUGAAGGAGGCGCUGUGAUAUAUUCACCCGAGGUCGAUGUUGAAUGCGCCUCGAAGCUCAAGGAACACUGGCCACAGACGCACCUCACAGAAGGCUCUAGCACAGAGAGAUUUCAUUCAAUGUUGCUUAGAGGAAGUGUGGAGCUCCAUCAAACACAUCUGGACCGGAUGACGUCGCUGCUCCUUCCCGGUGCCGUGGUGAUGUGGGUUGUUGAGCUGGACGGGAAGCCUGUAGUGCCCACAGCGGAGUUCGCCAGAACGGUCGGUAUCAUCCGGCAGUCCGGCUUGAAGCCUCUGGAGCAGCUGACGCUGGAGCCCUACUUCGAGAAGUCUGCCGUGAUCGUCUCCACCACGGGCCGAAACUGGCCAGAGUGCCCUUACCGCAGCGGCCAGAUCCUCAGUCAGAGGAAAGAUGGGCACAGCUUGCAGUUCCUUGCAUGCACCAUGCCUCCGGCGAAGUCGCGCGAGCAAGAGGUGAUCUGGUACGCAUUCCGCGCCUUUGACGGACAAGACGAGAAGGAGGUUACUGUGGAGAAGGUUCUGCAGGCGGCCAGGCUCUUGGAAGGGAAGCUCCAGGCCAGCGAGCAAAUCGCGGAGCUCCUCUCUGUCUUACAAGCCGAGCUCCAACGUCUCCGCGUGCCUAUGAGGCGCGAACGCAUCGAGGAGGCGGAAGAUGAGGACCCGGAUGCCCAGCUGCGUGUUGAAGGAGAGGAGGAAGAGGGAGAGGCAGAGUGGGCACACAUGCCCAGCCAAGCCAGCCAAGAGAUGACCUCCACUCUCAAGUCCAUGUCCGCAAAUGUCAGCUUCAAGGAAUCCCGCAGGAAUCAGCACGGGAGCAAGUCAAAGAAGGGCUCCUGGCUGCAGCGCAAAGGCCAAGCGAUGAUCGAGCACGCCAGGCGCUGGGUCACUCGCCCACGCCUGCUGGACUAUGGGGAGCUGGUGUACUUGUGUGACACACGGCGGAAGGGCGUUGGCCCGGGCAAGAUCCUUUACCGCGCUGCGCGCAAGGAGUUCUUCAGGGUAAUGCUCAAGUACGACUUGGACUUCUAUGAGGUGGUGCACAAGGUCCCGGAGUUGGCGUGGCCUCCCGAGGCGGGGGCUGCUGCUUCGACCCCGUGGUCCUGCUACUGUGCCACGGGGGGCCUCUACUCUUCGAAGCAGCAGAAGCUGCAGGAGAAGGAGAAGGUCGACAAGAAGGAGAAGGCGGCUCGCGAGAGAGAUGACUCGAGCGAUGCCUCAAGUGAGGAGGACUGUGCUGGCAGUGACAUCUUGCCUCAAGAGGCUGAAGUGAAGAUGCUGCGAGUGCUCCUGGCUCGUUUCAUCAAUGCUCGAGGCGAGGAGCUCAGUGGUAUCAUGCAGGCCAUGCCCAAAGAGGAGCCGUCGCAGGACGACAUGUACAAACAUCUGCAGCACCCGAUCAGACCCACUGCUGAAGUUGCCUUGGGUCUCGGUUGUUGCAGUAUGAAGCAGAGGCUGGUCCAAAAGGAUGUCUAUGAAAUGAGUUGGUCUAUGCCCAUCAGUGACGCAGGAUGUUUCCGCCGAGAUUGCUCUCCUGGGGUGUUUCCAGGCAGCUCGGCUGCAUGGGGCACACCGUUUCAAGAGGAAGUGGCAGUGAAGCACAGGGCCUUGUUCUUUCCAGAGGGUCAAGAGCCCUUGUCCCGCGACCACGAGGCGAACAAGAGCUGUGCUGCUGCUCUUGAGAGCAUCCGUCGCUCGCGGAAUGCAAAAGCCAAAAAAUCGCUGGAGAUUCGUGAGCCCCUGGUGUUCCUUCUUGACAAGCUCUCCACUUCCGGCGAGAAGGGCAGCGGAGCUUGGAGGGCUUUCAUAGGCACCGAGACGGCCGUCUAUGCAGCGAAAGUGCAGCAGGAUGUCAACAACUAUGACGUCCAGGAUUCAAGCCUUCGAAUCAAGAUUAUGAGUGACCUUCGCAAGCUGCGACAUUUCGAUGCACCGUCCUGGGCUGAGCUCAUUGGGUUGCUCGAGAGGCUUCUGAAGUUCUGGCAGUUCGACACCAAAAUCGAAGAGGCCCUCUGCAACUCUCCUGACAGCUCCGUUCAGACAGUUCUAGUUGACACGCGUCGAAGUGCAGAAGUGCCGUAUGCCGAUGAUUUUUCACGAUGGGCUCCAGGAGCAGCAGCUCACCAGCAUGGGGUCAUCCACCGCCAGAGCCUUUGCCAGCUACACGCCGUCGUGAUUCGGGCUGCCGGAUCUCUGUAUGCCCUGGCCUUGCUGGACUUCGGAUCUGACGGAACAGGUGCCGGGGCCUGGAGUUGGGCAGAAUGGAUCUUGGGCCUUCGCCCGUGUGCGGCUUUGUCUUCCACAGUGCUGCCCCGCUUGCUCGGCGAGGCCUCGCAGCAGGAACUGGUGAACAUUGCCUUUGCCCUUGUGGUCGGGCCAUGCGAUCCUGGAAUUGCAGACUCCAGCAAUCUACAGCAAGACAUUUUGUUGUGCUCUGUACAAACUGAAGCAGAGGCGCUGGACCUGCCCGAGGGCGAACUGCUGUCAUUUGCACUGCAGCGCCUUGUGAAGCAGGUGCGCGGCUUGGAGCCCAUCAGCAUACACGCCUUGCGCAUCAUCGCGCACUGUGUGGGAAUCCCAGGUUACUCUUAUUCUGGCCCCCGGAGUGGCAGUGCAUCGUGCAGCUUCCACAGGCGCUGCGUCCGAAAAUGCGUGCUUCUAUGGAGGAGCUUUCGCACUGUUAGCCUGCGGAUGGGUGCGGCAUGCAGGACGACCAAGUCCGACGCCGUUGCGUCGGAGCACUGCGAGAGGUCUCCGCCCAUGAGCUCUCGCCUCCAAGCCGCUCUGGAACGCUACUUCGAAGAAUUGCAGGUGCCGCAUCUUCCAGAGCAGGCUGUCGGGCCCUACGUGCCCGACUUUGUCCUGCCGAUGAAGGUUGUCGUGGAAGUGGAUGGCUACACUCACUUCUACGCUUUUUCUCAGCGCAUGACAGCCAGGCUCCCAGGCGUGGUCAGCUUGCCGCACUUCCAGUGGCUUCCCAUGAACCACCAGGAGCGCCUGGUCUUCCUGUCCAACAAGAUCUCUGUGGCGGCAGGGCAGCCCUUCUCUGCCGGGUUGCAAGUUUGCCUACAGAGUGAUGCAUGCUCGAUGUCUAGGCAGCAGCGCUUUGCCCAGGAUGCCGCCGCCCAAGCACAAGUUCGGAAUGUGGAAUACUCCACGGCCAAAGGUGCCGUGGUGGACGGCGAGGAUCCAGACCUUGACCAAGUUAAGGAGGGAUCGCUCGUGCGAGUGGACAAAGUGCUGGAGGUGGCGCCAAACCAGAUCAAUGCCCUGCUUGGUAACCAACAGGCAGUGUCGCUCUUCCUGGCGUCGCCUUCAGCCUCUCGCUUCGAGGAAGGGGAUGAGGAGGAAGAUGAUGCUCUUUCGCCCGGAGCACCUCCUUUGUUGGAGGAUUUGGAGCCUGGUUCGGAGGCGGUUCCCGAGCCAGGGGAGAAUGACUCGCCAGAGCUGCCAGAGGUCCUGGCUGCUGAAGACAAAGAGGAGACGGACCCUUUGAAGGAGGCUGUCGUGUUGCCGCUGCCCACGAUUGAAAUCCAGCCUGAGCCCGUCUCCCCGACGAGCGAAGCGCCCGCGCCUAGCGAAGCUGCAACAUCAGAGGCAAAACCGAAAAAGGAGAAGCCCUCUGAAUACUACGCCGGCAUCGUAACGCCCAGCAGCCGCAGCCGCUCUGAGGCUGAAAUGACGCCUGUAAAGAGAAUGAAGCCCAAAUCUCAGGUGCAGUACCAUCCGCUUCGGCAUGAUGGAACAGAUGGACCACGUGAAGUGUUCCAACCCCUCGUUCAGACCGUGCAGGAGAGGUCCGGCAUGCCGGAGGAGGCCGCUGAAGCUGUUGCAGAAGGGCGCCCCUCAGAGACGAUGCGACAGGCAGAGACCCCAAUGGAGGAUGCGGCGCAUGCAGCGCUCCCGCCAGAAGUGGCGGAGGGUGAGCCCGACGCGGACCGAGGCGAAGAAGAUGCCGAUGCCAAGUCAAUCGCGAGUGCUUCUUUCGACCUGGGCAUCGUCUAUGUUCUUCGCCUUCCUGCCUUCGUGGCCCCCAGCGCUGACGUCUUCGAGCCUGAUGAUGAUGAGCUGAUUGCAGAGCUCGAGGAGGGCGAGGAGAUCGAGCUGGUGGAGAUCCUUGCCUUUCCCGAAGAGGGACGGGUGCGUGGGAAGUUGAAGUCUCCGGAAGGUUGGAUCACCUUGCGGAACUCGGCCACGGGCACAAACUGGGUCGCCGGCUAUUCUGACAGGGGCGCAAGUGACCAGGUGUCCCAGGAGAGCAGGCAGGUGUCAGAGGAUCCCACAGCGCCCUACAAAAAGGGCGUCUACAUUCUUGUGCGUGCUGCGUAUGUCGCACACGAUGCCGACAACUUCGCGCCCGAUGACGACGAGCUGGUUGCAAGGGUGGAGGAGGGUGAAGAAGUAGAAGUCGUAGAGGUGGUCGACUUUGUGGAGGAGGACAGAGUGCGUGGCAGGAUCCUCGAGCCAAGUGGUUGGAUUACCCUCCUGAACAGGAUCACUGGCACGGAAUGGAUUACGCCGAAGGCUGGUGGGCACUGGGAAACAGAUUUGAUCCUGUUGACCAUGGCCUUCGAGGUGCUGGGACAGUUUUGUGUGCAGCCUGGAAAACCGCUGGUUGCUGUGACUGACGUGAAUUCUCUUUUUCCCUCAGUCCUGAUUCCCUGCAUCGUUUGUCGGCGGAAGGCAUCCGAGUUGGAACAGGAGCUGGGCGUGCUGGAGUCCUUACGGGCCCUCAUCGAGGAACCCUACGAAACGGGCAUUUACCUCCUGGUGCGGUCUGCAUUUGUGGCAUACGAUGCCGACAACUUUACCCCAGACGACGACGAGCUCGUCGCAGAGCUCGAGGAGGGUGAAGAAGUCGAGGUUGUAGAGGUGAUCGAUUUUGUCGAGGACGACCGAGUGCGCGGCAGGCUCCAUGAUCCAGAUGGAUGGAUUACGCUCAUGAACAGAGCGACCGGCGCCAAAUGGGUCACUCCGAAGGAGUCCGGCAACGACUUUCGAGGUGCCUCAAAGACCGCCGCCUCAGAGCCAGGUGAGCAAGAAGAAGGUUCCCACUCCGAAGACGAGGAUGGCAACGAACCGUCCAGGCGCCAAAGAGUGGCCGACGAGGAAGACAAGAGCCCUGCCAUGAAGUGGACUUCUCCAGAGGACGCCGCGAGUGUCGAUGCAGAGGCAGAAGGCGAGCGGAAGGCAUCAGGCUCACAGGGGGCGGAGGAGGAUCCAGUGCCCUUCGAAACUGGAUUCUACGUUCUUGUGCGAACUGCAUUCGUGGCACUGGAUGCCGACAACUUCUCGCCCGACGACGAGGAGCUUGUGGCAGAGCUUGGGGAGGGCGAAGAAGUAGAAGUUGUGGAAGUGGUGGACUUUGUCGAAGAAGAGAGAGUGCGGGGCAGGCUCCGCGACUUCGACGGAUGGAUUACCCUCCUGAACAGAGCCACGGGCACUGAAUGGGUCGCCCCGACAAGCCCGGCUCAGGUGCCUCGGAGCCAGCACGCAUAG